GAUGUAUCCCGCGACCCAACCAAUUUUCCUUUUAGCGUAUCGUGAGGCGGUCGGUAUCUGCAGAUUCCAUUUCAUGAUUCCUCAAGUACAAGGCAAGACUUACUUUCCAAUUAAUCCAUGGAGUUUGCAGACAAACAUCACAAGAUAUUGAUAACUGGAGAUGUGAACGGGCGUCUGGAAGCCCUUUUCAGUCGUGUAAAGAAAGUUACGAAAUCCGGAGCUUUUGAUGUAAGAUGAUGUUCUGCAUCGGGAAUUUUUUCGGAAACGACGCUUCGGAUGUUGAUAAAAUUAUUCGCGGUGACCUAGAAGGUUCGUUUUCUCAAUUUUCUUCACUGUUAGUUCCAAUCCCAACAUAUAUUGUAACGCCCAUAGAUGCGCAUUUCCGACGAUACAGCGAUGAAAAGGGCUCCGAAGUAUCGCAUAACUUAAUCUUUUUGGGGUCCCAAGGCGUUUACACUACAGUGUCUGGUCUCAGAGUGGUGUACAUAUCUUCUUGUGAGGAACAUCCUGACGACCCUAAUGAUCUAUCCAAUUCUGUUUCACCGCACUCACUGGUCGCAGAGGACGUUGGAUUUCUUGGUGUGGAUAUUUUGCUCACCAUUCAAUGGCCCUCAGGAGUCAAUAAUUUCCUCACCUAUACCCUCCCACAAGAAUGCACUCCAUGCGUUUUAACUAGCUCGAAGGCCAUUUCAAAACUUGCUUACUUUCUGCGGCCGAGGUAUCACUUUGCCAGUGGAAAGGGUUUUUACUUCGAGCGUUCACCUUAUAGGAAUCACCGGGUUUUACAAGAAAAGGCCAACCACGUAACUCGUUUCAUUUCUUUGGCUAAUGUGAAAAAUCCACAGAAUCACAAGUAUAUGUAUGCUUUAAAACUUCUCCCAAUCGACAAAAUGGAUCUUGUGGACUUGAACUGUCAACCACCAGAUACAACCGAGAAUCCCUAUCGGGACAUUGCAGAGUCCAAGUGUACGUUACCUGGUAAGGAAACGGAGGUUCAAACAGAACAGUACUUUUACGACCAGGAACUAACUCACACGACAUGUGACCGCGCACCUCGAAAGCGACACUUCGAAGGAAAUCGUGACACAUCAUUCGAGGAGGCCUCUACUUUCAUCGAUGGAGCGCCGGGCAGAAAGCGUACUACAGAAACACUGGAAGAAAAACUAGAAAAACCAAGGGAGCAGGCCGCGUGCUGGUUUUGUCUUGGAAACCCUGAAGUGAAAAAACACCUGAUUGUUAGCGUGAAUACCCAAGCUUAUCUGGCACUUCCACGCGGUCCCCUGGUUACCGAUCACGUCCUAAUUCUCACAGUUGGCCAUCAUCGAAGCUGGACCGCUUGUCCCGAUUACGUACGCGUGGAAAUCGAGGACUACAAAGAGAGACUGAAGCGUAUGUUCGCCAAUGAUGGCAAGGCAAUGGUUGCGUACGAAAGGAACCUAAAGACGCAGCAUUACCAGCUUCAGGUUGUCCCCAUCCCAUUCGCGGUCGCAGGUGAAGUGAAGCACGCAUUCCUAGACUUAUCCACGAGGUGUGAGACCAGUCCCUGCGUGCUCCAACCGAUUCCUCGGAAUGCCGAACUGAAUGAGAUAUGCGCCCCAGGUAUUCCGUACUUCCACGUUGAACUGCCUACCGGUGAACGACUUUUUGGGCAAAUUAAGAGGGACCGCAUUCCUACGAGUGAUAUUCAUUUUGGAAGAUUCGUCUUGAGCAACCAGCGUAUCUUGAAUUGUCCAGACAGAGCGGACUGGAGAAAUUGCGUCGACAGUGUGGAACGCGAGACGCAGUUGACCCUGAAAAUGCGCGAAAGAUUUGCACCAUAUGAUAUUGAAUAAACCUGUAAGAAAUCUGACUGUUCACACUAUGUACAUAUGAGAUCGGACCUAUUAUCUGGUAACUCCAAUAAAUUUCCCUUUUGUGGGCAUUCCCAC